UUACGCACUGCACAGACCAUCGAAACAGUACAACACCUACAGUUAUUUCUACUCCUAUCUUUGUACGGAUGGUUCAAGAAUGCCUAAGAUGAACUAUCUCCUCAGCUGCUGCCAUUCCAAUACCAACACCUAUGGUGCCUUAUGGUGGUAUGUGGACCUCCUCAGAAUUCGGGAUGUCAAAUACAUCGUCAUGACAAACAGGGAGAGUAGUUCAACUCGUACAAGAUUUCUAAAGUGGUUCGUCUCGAAGACCAUACAAAAGGUCGAGGAAAUUGAGAGGUAUAAUAACGUGACGCUAUGCGGUGAGGUGGGCCAAACGGCGUCGGCAUCCAAAGAGGUCGUGACCUUCACGUGUGACGAGGUUGUUCAAGGUCGUUACGUGACCUUGAUCAAAUCCUAUGGGCGUGAACAUAUCAACAUCUGUGAGGUCGAGGUUUAUGGACCAAAUACGUUCUUGAACCAUGCCCUCAAGAAACCAACCAAAAUGAGCUCGUACCUAAGUAACAUGGAAAGAGGCUACAAAAUCAACGAUGGGAUAGCCUAUGGCAGGUGGGACUGGUAUGCAUUUGCCACAAUAGAAAUAUUUAAACCAAACGUAACACACUGGUGGAUGGUCGACCUCGGAAAACCAAUGACGUUGCGGUAUAUCGUACUUACGCCAGCUACAACCUACGGAAACAUAGCCAAACUUUACAAAGUUCAAGUAAGUUUUGACUUCGACGCCAGUGACUGGUCAAGGAACAACUUCAAGCUAUGCGUGGCCAGGACUUCAGCGUUUCUAAAGAGUGGUACACCUGACGCACAUUACGCUAACUGCAAGUAUGGGACCAAAGGUCGUUAUGUCGUUCUUGAGAAAAACCACGGCUCGUAUCUCCUGCUAACCGAACUUGAGGUCUUCGCCAGCGAGAUGGAGGAUAACCUUGCGAUUGGUAGAGCUACCGUCCAAGUCGACGAAGCUGCCGCGGGUCAUAGCUUCUUGUUCGCUUCCGCUAAGACAUCGCCCAAAGCGGUGGAUGGCGACAACACCGAGGUUUUCUCCGGGGGGUCGUGCAUAGUCACCCCUGGGACGUCGAAGAAGGAAUGGUUGGCAGUCGAACUGGACGCCUUGUACAAAAUUCGCUACAUUGUGAUGACAAACAGAGCCGACUCUGGACAUUGCACCGGACCACUGGGUGUCGCUAAUGACAGAAAGACGAUCCCAGACAGUUCUCUCUCCGGCGAAGCAAACAGAUAUAGAUAUCUGCCUGCUUGGGGACGAAUGUGGUUUGAAAGGGACGGAUGGUGUGGCUCAUCUUCGUACAAGUGGUUCCAGGUAAACUUUGGGAAGAACGUCCUUAUGACUGGAGUCACCAUUCAAGCGGCAACCUACUAUUAUGUACGAUCAUACUAUGUGUCAAUUUACUUUGCAUCAGGAUGGCAGUACAUCAAAACAGAGACCGGACAAACAAUAACCUUUGUCGGCGUCGGUUAUAGAGGCAGUCUAUAUUAUAAGACAGCUUGGUUCCCGAAGGCAGUAGUUGGCUCAUAUCUUCGAAUUUAUCCGAGAUGGGUUUACUACUAUGCCUGCCUAAAGCUUGAGGUUCAUGGAUGCUGGGACUUUGACUCCAAAAAUUAUAUGGAUAACUUCAAGAUCCAGGUCUCGAAAACUUUCCAGCCGCAAAAGUACGCGUCGGUUCCAAAGUCGCUUUGUUAUGAGCACAAAGAUGGCCCCAUAGAUUACGGUUAUCUGCAGCCCAUUUACUGCUUGACGCAGCCUGUCGGCAAGUACGUGAUAAUCGAGAAGGACACGUCGAAAGCGGGCAAGCUGUCAUUUUGCGAACUGGAGGUAUAUGGGACGCCUGAUGACGGUAACCUUGCAUACCACCAGCCAGCCUGGCAGAAGUCGACAUACUGGGACAUGACCGCGGAACUCGCCGUCGACGGGAAGACAAACCCUCGGCCCUUGAGUAAGAAGUGCUCACAAACGAUGCCUGCUGCGUAUGAUAUACUUUGGUGGGGUGUAGAUCUGGGUAAGAGUGAAGAUAUUGGACGAGUGCUCAUACAUGGGGAAGAGAAUUGCUGUGAUAAAUGCCUAAACACUUUCGACAUCUUAGUAACCGACAAUUUCGACAGGACAAACUCAGGCUGGAGCAAAAAUAAGUUCAAAGUUUGCCACAAAAAUAGCAUUCCUUUCAAGAGUGCUGAGGUCAAAAUCUUCCACUGUCCAGUUGGCCUUCGGGGACGUUUCGUUGUCAUCAAAGCACCAGGGAUAUAUCCGCUAACGUUAUGUGAGGUCAAGAUCUAUCCAAGGCUCGAAACAGGUAUAAACCUCGCACUUGGCAAAUUGGCCCGACAGAGCAGUGACAACUCCACCACCACGGGCCUGGCCAAGGCAGCAGUGGACGGCGAUCGCACUGCGGACUUUUCGAAGGGUUCAUGUUCCUUGACUUGCUCCAGCCUCGCUAGGACCUGGUGGACUGUGGACCUGGAGAAAAUCUACCAAGUGAGGAAGAUCAUGAUCUUUAACAGAGGGGAUUGUUGUGGUACUAACUUCCGCUACUUCAGUGUGAUGGUGAGCAACGCAUUCGUGCCGAAUCAAAUGGACGCAGUCCAUCAUGUGCUCUGCCACUACCAGACUAAGGCGCUUACUAACGCCGAGGUGAAGACUGUUUAUUGCACCAAGCGUACCAAUGGUCGCCACGUUACCAUCCAGAAGGACAAGUCGAUUGACCUUGCUUUAAGCAUAUGCGAAGUGGAAGUUUAUGGGAAUGAUGUAAGAGAAAAUCUUGCCUUGAAGAAGCCGGCAACUCAAAAUAAAGGGCUACUUGACCGUUAUGGAAUAGACGCGGCCGGGAGAGCAACUGAUGGUAACGCGUCACCGAUGUUCAGCGACCACUCGUGCACCCAGACCGUGGUGGAGAACUCCAAGUCUUGGUGGUCGGUCGACCUCCGAAAAUCAUACAAGAUUGACUUGGUCAUCAUUACAAAUAGAGUGGACGCAAAUCAGCAUUACCUAAGGUCGUACGCGGUUCAAGUUUCGACCGAAUUCCACGGAAAAGAGUUUGACGAACUUGCCUACCACUUCUGCCGUGAUAUGCACAGUGCCAAGGAACUUCUCCAGGACAUUGUUGAAGUCCGUUGCUUGAUGCCGGUCGUUGGGCGUCAUGUCACCAUCAAGAAAGACGGGUCCAAGUUCGAGCAACUGCAGCUGUGUGAAGUUGAGGUCUUUGGAAUGAUGCCGGACAGUUUAGCUAAUGUUGCCUUAAAGAAGCCGACUGGCCAGUGCUCAGAAGAUACCAAAUAUUCCCGAACAUCAGAACGAGCCAACGACGGAAACAAAAAUGCAAAGAUGUCCGAUGGAUCUUGUUCGGAAACCUCCGGGCUCCAGGAAGCCGAGUGGUGGACAGUUGACCUCGAAGAUGAUUUUGACAUCAAGCAGCUGACAAUAAGUACCAGGGCUGAUUCAGUUGGGGGCAAAGCCGUCAACCUGACAUUUGUGGUGUCCAGCAACUUCAGUGCGAAUGACCUCAAUCGUGUUUUCCCUGGAGCCUUCAUUACCACAACAACAACAGAUUCGACUACCACUACGACGACAACCGCCGCCACCACCACCACCACAGCGGCAGGCGCAACGACCACUGCCGGCCCGACGACCACACCAUUGACGACAACCACCAUUGCUCCUAUAAAGUUUACUAUUUGCAGCAACUAUGUUGGUUCUCCAGCAGCGGGGCAGAAACUUGAUAUCAACUGUACUGCAAGAGCAAGGCAUGUGACGAUCGUCAAAACGAAAGUCGUCAGUUCGACACCAGAUAGCAUGCGUUUGACCCUUUGCGAGGUUGAGGUGUUUGCCGAGUCAGGUAACUCGACAUCAGGAUUGACGACCACUAUGCAUCCUGGUACUGGUAGGACCACGGCCGGAGGCGGCGUAACUGGAGGUGUGACAGGUGGCAGUUGGACGACCACGACCAUAAAGGCGACAACACAAGGACAAGGUCCUGGGCCGUCUGUCGAGCCAGAGGUGCCACCAUCGGGGAUAAAAACGGGUGUGUAUGCUGCUACCGCCACUCUAAUGACGGCUGGGACGGCAGUCACUGUCGGACUCAUGUUCUGGAAGUACAAGUCGAUAUUUUCAUCACCACAGGUCAGCCCGGCACCUCAGAUUGCUGCACCUCCCGACAGUACACCAGUGCAAUAAAGACUGAUAUUUUAAUGUGUGGAAUAUAAUGUAAAACAUAGCAUAUUUUAUCGAAUGAAUGGGAAAUAUUUGAGAAUCGCACAUACACUGUCGAAUUAUUUUGUUAUUCUUGUAUCUUGAUAGAGCCUGGGAGGUGUUCAACACCAAUGAGAUGUCCACAGAUCAAGAUUCACUUCACUUGAAAUGAAAUAAAAAUCGAGUC